AUGAGAGGUUACUCCUGGGGCCUCAACAGCAAAAUCAUGAAAAUAUUACUCAAAACUGUAAUCAACAAAAUCAUCACCUAUGCAGCAGCAAUAUGGGCAUUUCCAAUGACAGAGCGCAAAAGAAGAUUAUUAAAUUCAAUUCAGCGACCAUUCCUACUCAACAUAACAAGAGCAUAUGUCACAACUUCAACAAACGCCCUGCAAACACUCGCCGGAGUUAUUAUUCCCCUACCAAUAGAAACUCAAGUAGAAGCAAUCUCGACAAUAGUAUUACAGCUAAGAAAACCAGCAAAAUUCGCAGAUACCAUGUUCCACCCUGAUGAAUAUGAAGAAAAACCCCAAAAAUACCAGACACAUCCAGCCUUCAAACUCCAUAACCUCCACUGCAACUUCAACCAACCUCCUCCUAACACCAAUAUAACAGCUUUCACAGAUGGAUCCAAAAUUGACAAUAAAGUGGGCUGUGCAGCAACAAUCUGCAUCAACACCAGUACACCUCAAUCAGCACCAGCACAAGUUCACUCGGAAUGGCAGGGGCACCUGAGAUCAAAUAACAGUGUCUACCAGGCCGAAUUAACCGCUAUUCGCCUCGCCAUCAACCACCUGCUACGAGACCCAACAGACACCAUUCAUAUCGUGACAGACAGUCAGUCAUCUAUACAAGCUAUUCAAAGCUUCUACACACCAACUCACCAAUAG